AAUUCAUACACAAUGGACGGAGAUUUAAAUCCCUUUUGACAUAUAACCGUUACAUUUUAAUUUUCCAAACAAAUGAAAUGUUUUUCUGUUUUUUAUUAUUGAAAGAGAAAAACAAAAUUGCAAACAAUGACAACUGAUAAUAAUAGAGUGUCUUAUGUACGUUAUUUAAAAAAAGUCAAAGAAAGAGGUCAAGUUCUACCUGGAUUUGAUGAAAUUGUCACAAUUCUAAUUGAUGAAGCGAAAUCAAAUGGAUUAGAAAAUGAAGAUAUUAUUUUAAUAGCAGAUGUAUUAAAAGAAGUUCAUUUCAGUGUUGCAAAAAGUUGUUCAUUAAUAAAAUGUAUGAUUCCAAAAUACAAAAUUUCAAAUACUUUAUUGAAAGAUAUGAUUCUUUGGUAUAUAAAAUUAUUAGAAAAUGGACAAGUUAGCCUUUCAAUUCUGAUGUUACAAUGGAUAAUUGGAGUUUUGGAAUAUGACUUAGCGGACAGAACAACAGUGAAUAUAUUUUAUGAAGUAUUCUUUUUUCAACUUCUACAAAAAGAAAGAUUGGAAGUUUAUCUGGCUCAAAUUAUUUAUGAAUUAACAGAACCUGAGGAUGUUACACGCUCACAAGUUAUAAAACUUCUCAAUCAACAGAAGAAUUAUAAAAAAUCACAGAAGCAUCUAACUGCUUUACUUUCAUUAUUUAAAUCCUAUAAACCGGAAUUUGUACCUGAGAAAAUACCAGCAAUUGGUAUUGGAAAUGUAUGGAAACCAUUGCCGAAUGAAUUUCUUCAGGGUUUUGGAGAUGCAAAAUCAAGAGCUGCUCUUCAGGAAAAUUUUCAAAAGACAAGUGGAAAUUUUAAAUGGUGCACUACUUCAGUCUCUGGUAGGGGAAAAAAGAAUGAAUCCAUAUUACCAUCCGUCGAGUAUUUUAACAUUGGAUCAAGUGUAUUUAAAGAAAAAAAUAAAACAUCAAUAUUUGAUGUUUGCAAUGUUGAAGCUUUGGGAAAAUAUCAUGUGAACGUGGAAUUGCCUUCUAAUGCAACAUCAUUAUUAACAAAUACAGCUGGAUAUCAUCUUCUUAUGUUUGCUGAUUUUUCAUAUCAAACUCGAUUUUGCUACAAUUUGUACAUUACACUAAGAACGGCUUUUCUUCUUGAGCCUAAUAAAUAUCCAAACGAAGAAUUAGCACGAUUACUUGAUAUGACUUAUGAAUUUUUACGAUAUUUACAACAUGGAAUUCCAGUUGUAACACGUUUUUUAGAUGAUUAUUUUUCAUUUCGAAUGAUAACAAUACAUCAAAGUAAACUUAUUGAACUCACACAAUGGAUUCCUUUAUCAUUUACUGUUUUCGAAUUAGAAGAAUAUGUUUUAAAACAUUUGCGAUUAAUGUUUUUUGAAUCAUCGGUGAAAGAGAAAUGCGAAAUUAUUCGAACUUUACGUCUAAUGUUAUUAAAUUUAUGUGCUAAUUAUCACAUUAGGAAUAGUUCAGAAAAUUCAGAAUCGCCUUUUCUGCAUCAGAAGUGUAAAAUAAAUUUAGAAGAAAUAGUCCCUGCAAUUACAAAAUUUGCACAAUCUCUUAUAGCAUCAGGAUUCAAUAAUCAUUCGGAUUCACUUAUUUUUAUGUCUGAAGCGUUACAUUUUUACGAACAGAUUUCUAUAACUGAAUAUCAAUUUUCAAUGAACACAUGGACAAUUGCUCCAACAGUUAUAAUUCACGGUGGUUUUUUAUCUAAAAGUUGUUUAAUUCUAUCCAGAAUAUGUUCUCUUUUACUGAAUUAUCGUAAAGGAAGUGAAAAGAUUUUAAAAAGGAAAUUAAUGAAAAAAUUUCAUAAUGAACUUAAUGAAAUUGAACUUUAUGCUUAUGAUCUGAGAAAUAUUUUAUGGGAAGGAAAGUCUUUCAGUAACAGAAAACAAGGAGGAAAAUUUUUAAUGAGACUUUCUGAUAAAUCAAUUGAAGAAUUAUCCAUAAAUAUGCUGGAUAAAAUGUUGUGUCUCAAUUAUCAUUAUGCAAUAUUACCAUAUAAAGUUAUUUUAAAUAUGAGUGGCUUAAACAUCCAAUCGAGAGAAGAUUUAUUCAAAGUUGCCGUUCAAUUUUUCCCUGCGGUAAGUGAAUUUUUACGAAUAGCUGCGGGACUUGAGAUUGAAGAAACAGAAGAGGUUUAGUACUAUUUUUUUGAGUUAUUUUUCUUAAAACUGAAGAUAAAAUACAGAACAAAAUUCUCAGUAUUAUCUAUAAAUUGUUUAAUAUUUUUUUUUAAAUUUAUUUUCUUAACAUAGAACCGUUACAUUCACAUAAACUAAACAUGUUUUAUUUUUCAUAUACUACUUUUCCAUCGCUUUCUCUACACAAUUCACUUCUACAUAUUGUAACUAAUUUUUUUUUUUAAUUUUCUUAUUUUUUCCUACAAAUUUUGAAAUGAUUUCGUUUAUAAGUUGUACUUAACAACGUUUAGUAUUAUAAAUACUUAAAUUAAAUAAAUAUUUGAGUUUA